AUGGCGCCGCCGUCAGACGGUUUGUCCUCGAUCCACUACCGGCCGCUAGAUCUGGCGGCGCGUGAAGUGAGGAUCCUGGAGCUGCAGCCCUCACCGAAUAACGACAUCAACGACCGAAUCGUGUGUCGACUGGUCCACGAGAAACUAUGCGAUGCGCCUGAUUUCAUUGGCCUUUCCGCUCUGUACGGCGACAUCACCAAAACCGAGCCCAUUCUGCUUAACGGCCAAAAAGUAGCCAUACCGUCCGACCUCGCCGAAGCAAUCCGCUACACCCGCGAAGUCUUCCUCGGCCCCCGCGCCCAGACCGUCAUCAAUAACGCCUCCUCCUCAAGGGUCGAUCUUGAGACACAACGAACAAUCAGUAAUCACCAACAGGAACAACAACCAUCCUCCCCACCACCAUCGCCGACAAAGAAACCCCCCGGAUGGCUCCGCUCAUUCCUCCGCAAACUCGUAGACCCGGGCUCCGCGAGAUGCGACAAACCUCCGCUACGGAUCUGGAUCGAUCUAUUAUGCAUCAACAGGCGCGACAGGAAAGAAGAGGCUGAGCGACGUGCGCACAUGGCUCGUGCGUACCGUGAGGCGAAGCUUGUUGUUGGAUGGUUGGGAACGAAGGAUGCGACGUCUGAUCUUGCGGUUGAGAUUAUACGGGCGUGGGAUAAGUGCAUGCCGGAGAAUUUUGGAGAACCAGGGGAUCGUGAGGCGAACCCAGCGAACUACGCGCCGAUUCUGCAGUGGAUGGGGCCCGUGGCUCAUCUCAGCGACAUUCCUGAGGGGAUCACGGACCCGACGGAAGUACCCAGCUACAGAGCCAUCUCUGGCUUCUUGAACAGGCCAUAUUUUCGUAAUACGUGGAUUCUGGAAGAUAUUGCCCAGGCGCAGUUUCCGACGUUCAUGGUUGGUGAUGGCAUUGUGUCUUGGAUGCAGAUUCUUCGCCUCAAUCGCGUCAACGAGGAUAUUAAAGAUCACGGAGCGGAAAUGUUCCCCAGCGAAUUACGACCUUUACUAGAAUACAUGCCCCUCGGCAUCCAGAGCCGCGACGGAGCCGCGACGGAGCCGCUCCCCCGACGGACCAGACCUCAACCUCCAGCCCUACACGAUGGUGUUGAAAAUGUCACCACCCGGCCCGGCAAGCCCCAUCUAGAAUCAGCCCAUGAGCUGAUGCCCGUUCUGGUUCCCGACAUAGCCAAGCCACAAACAUCAUGGAAUGCCAAGAAUCGGAAGAUCAUCGCUCAGGUUUCAGCCACAUCGUUUAUCUGCCGAAUUAGAAUGUCACAGACGGUUGCGGUCGUCGGAAUGUUGAUUGGCCAACGGUACGAUUGUUCUGGAAGAGACUGGAUUGGAAUGCGGUUGGAGGCCACUGUCUCAGAUCGUAGUAAGCUCGCGCUUCGGGCUCGGCGUUAG